CUCAAGAUGAUGAAGUGAGUUGCUCCAUAGUACUCAAUAUAUUACUCACCUCCACUACCUCAACCACCCUUCUCUUGUUUUUUUCUUUUCAUCACUCUCUCAUUCUCUCCCUCCUAUUAACAACUCAACCCACCUCUUAUCCACACUGUACUUUCAUUCUUCCACACAAUUAUCUUACAUAAUAUUCUUGGCACAAAAUUAACUUUAUAUAAUAGCAUAAUUUCCACAAAAUUAAUGGAGGAGUCAGGAGAAAAUUGGCCUUCUAAUUCUGAUUUGGAAAUAAGUGAUGAAGCCAUUCUUAAAGAUGGAGAAUCUGAAUCUGUAUGUGAUGAUGAUUAUUGUGAAGAUCAGAUUGGAGAUCCCACAGACAAUACAAAGGAAAACAAUGAGAAGGAGAUCACAGAGAUGUUGAAGGAACUUUCAGACGUUAUGGGCUUAAAGAAGAUGGACGAACUUUCGAUCAUAGAACAAGCUAGAGACUAUUUAGCAACACUUCAAGAACGUGUGAGAGAGCUAGAAGAAGAAGCUGGAUCCAACAUUUGUACUAACAAAAGGACCAAACUGAGUUCAAAUAUUACUCUUCCAGAGGUCAAAGCAAAAGUGUUACAAAAAGAUGUACUUGUCAUAGUCCAUUGUGAGAAACAAAAUGGUAUUCUGCUCAAAAUACUGACCUACCUUGAAAAUCUUCAUCUUUCAGUAGUUAACAGUAGAGUCUUGAAUUUUGGAAAAUCCAUCCUUGACAUCACCAUCGUUGCCAAGAUGGAUGAUGGCUACAACCUUAAAGUGGAUGAACUAGUGAAAACCAUGAGAAUAGCAAUCUCGACACAAUAGAUUGUAAAAUCUGACUUGGAAUGAAUGAAUAUGUUAGGUAUCUCAUUCAUUAUACUCUACAAGAACUAACUGUUAUUGUCUUACUCAGAAAGUGCCAUCGUACUUUGGGGGAGAAUUUCAGAUAUUAAAGUAUAUGAAAAUAAGGGUAUAAAAUUAUGUUAAAUUGUUGAAGUGCAAACCAAAGUGCAUGUCUUUGUUGGUACUUAUAGUUAAUUAUGGAUCUAAUAAUUAGGAUUGAGCUACGUAGGUGUGGGUUAUCUAUCCUAGUCCAUAAUGUAUGCAAUUGUACGAGUAGUUGACUCUAUCACAUAAUAUAUAGAUUAGUUUAUCAUUUUGUAAUUA